UUCUGUGGUAACAAAUCAUUAAAGCGUUCUAGGCGUCGUACCUGCACAAGCUCUGCGGGGUUCAAACCGUACUUUUUGUGUCUGCUGUUUUCUCGCCAUCGCCUUUCUCUCACGCUGCUGCAAACGAGUUGCGGCUACAAAGUCAGUUCUGACUCAACCUCAAUCACAAUGCCAUUCUUCCCAUGCUGGAAGCGAAAACGAGAGACGGUUCCCCCGCCUCUGGGCGGCCUGCCAGAGGCGCCGGUACCGGCUGGAGACUUGAUGUGGAACUCAAGCUGUUACUCACGUUGGGGUCCUGUACUGUCCACAACAACUACAACGACAUCGACAACUCACGAAUACCUUACUGAGGAUUCGGCCUUGACGGAGCACUACUUACCAAUCCUCAGUCGUGUACUCCUCACUUCAGACCUUGGAACAUGGAAGAAACAAUACAAUCUCCGCUUCGCCUGUAUUAUCCCUGGAGAUGCGCCUCUCGCCAUGUUUACGACCACUAAGAAAACAAGUAAGAUGGUGUGGUUCAACGGGCCUAACCGAGGUCGCUGUUUACCCAGCGUCCGUUGUCGCUGGCGCAACGGCUUUCCACGGAUGCGAUCUCCAUGCACCGUCAGAUGCACUAUCAGCAACAGAUGGCAGUAUAAGAUCUGCAGAAGUGCGAUCAUCAGAUGGGACCCUCACUGGGAGGUUCUUCUUGUCGACCACAGAAAACUGGUGGCGGAUUACGCGAGCCAAGACAAGAGUAAGAAGAACCAAAAAAGAGUCGUUGAGAUCGUGAAGCGAUUCCACGAGCUGGAGAGACAGACGUUGUGGAGCACGACCAGCGGAAAAUGGUCGAAUUGGGGAGAUUGGAAUCUAUAUCCGGCUACACCAGCAGAAGUGGCACAAACGUGUCGACUCGAGGGGCAAGCAUUCGAAGAAAUGCUUGGAAAGAGGCCAGGAAGUGGGAAGAGGUACAGGAUAAGGCGCUGUCUCAGGGAUAUAUCGAAGAGCUUGAAGAAGAGGUGGAAGAAGGUCUUCUCGAGGUGACGAAAGCUGAGUGCGGGUGCAUUUGGUGACUGCGGUAUAUGCGCUCAAUCACUACAGCGUUGUCAUGUACACUCACACAAAUGGCCCGUCUUGUUCCAAGACGUAUACGGUAAAAGCCGUCUCCAUACCAUGAUGACGUUUAUUACAAUACUCAAGUGCGCGAGCGUUGUUGUUUUGGGUCGCUGCACUUACAUUGCGUCCAUGUCGUCGACCACCCGCACACCCGCACACAGAGAGUAGCUUUGUAGGUGGCUCUGGGAUCGGCCCCGCGGCCGGCCACUC